UACCUCAAGAACCACCGCCCCCCGCUCUCUCUGGCCCACUGCAGCGGGGCCCACGUCCUCGAGUUCCUCCGCUACCUCGACCAAUUCGGCAAGACCAAGGUCCACCUCCACAUGUGCCCCUUCUACGGGCACCCGAACCCACCCGCCCCGUGCCCCUGCCCGCUUCGCCAAGCCUGGGGCAGCCUCGAUGCUCUUAUCGGUCGUCUUCGCGCUGCGUACGAAGAGAAUGGCGGUCGCCCUGAGAAUAACCCCUUCAGGGCCGUCAGGCUUUUCCUUCGCGAGGUUCGCGAGCUCCAGUCUCGGGCUCGCGGGGUCAGUUACGAGAAGAAGAAGCGAAAGAAACCACAGGAACAAGCGCAAGCAGAGAACCAGGGUGAGGAUGAUCAGAAGGGAACAUGACCAAGAUUGAUCAGUGUCAAGAAGGUGAAAAUCUUAUUAUUAUGCUUUUUCAUUAGCUUAUGUCGCACUUGAUUUCGUGUUAUAUUUGUCGAUUGAACCUUAAUUAAGUACAACUUUGGAUUGGUUA